AUGUGCAUAAGUACGUACCAUAGAUCUCUCAGGGAAGUCCUUAUGUCUACAGACAUUUUUUUGUGCAUGUCCUGUAAUGGAGUGUUCCAUUUCUUCACAGAAAUUCUCUCAAUAUAUACAGCUUACUUUGCACUCCUCCUUCUAUCACUCCUCCCCCAAAUAUAAUUGCUGCCUCCAAGAGAUUUAAAAGGCACCAAUUACUGCUGAACUCCUGAUCACUGGUAUGUGUGUAGUCACGGUAGUGACAGGCAUCAAAUUAGAAGUCAAGCAAGCAGUGCAAGAGCAUGCUCACAUAGCCAUGCAAUGUGUUUGAUUAUGGCACGCACUGUACAGCUCUUGCCACAUCUUUAUUCCAAAACCUACUAAAGUAGUUUAGUGGAAUUGCAAAAGAUCCUUUACUGGGACUAAACUGAUGACAAAUUGCUGUUGGCACUGUAACUUUAAAAGAGAAAAUGAAAGUAAAAGAGCUUCCUGCUAUUCUCCUCCACCAUGCUGGUGAGGCACCAAUUUGAGGGGUUUGAUCGAUGGCUACCUGUGUGACAAAGCAUAUUGGACACCUUUGUCGUUUUUGGAAAAGCUGCAAUGUAAACCAACAGAGUGCAAUAUCACUGCUGACUUUCAUGUGAGCCCCUGGCACAGCUAAGGACAGGGCAUUUUUUGUAGCAGUUCAAUGGCUUGUGUUUUCCCUUGCACAUGUUCCAGCCUUUAUGAAACUGUGCUGAUGACAGUCCUCCUGUUACUGCAGAUCCAGGGACAUGGAACAGACAGCCAUGUGUGCAAUGCGCCAAAGAAAGUGAAGCAUGCAAAUGAUAUUAAAGGGGAAUUUCAUCUGGAUUCUGUGGUGAGAUACUCAUGUCUGGAUGGCUACAAAAGGGAAGCAGGCACAUCCAACCUGGCUAUAUGCAUGCUGAUUAAUGGGAUAGCCCAAUGGAAUUAUGGAAGCACAACCUGCGUCAGAGAUCCGUCACUUCGACCUCCACCCCCAACCUCCUCCAACAGUCCUACUACAUUCUUCCCUUCAGAUUCUAAUACAUCUACAAAUCAUGUUGGGACAUAUGAAGAAUUUGAUUUUACAGUUGCGUCAACCACAGAGCAGACACAAGAGAUAGCUGAACCAAAGAAAGACACGACAUCUGGAACUCUUAAACACAAUGAUCCCACUACAGAGAAUGUUUUAUCAGAACCACAUGCUUCAACAUCACCAAGGAGUUUUGCAAUGUCUACUGAAAAUGAUGUGAAUACAAGGGCACAAGAUACCUCUCAACCAAGUGAGGUCUCAUCUUCUGGAACUACAAUUGCACAUGUAACUUUGGAGAGUAGUCCCAAUGGACAGAUCACUAGCAUUUCAGAACCAGAAGCCUUAACAUUUCCAUGGAGCAUUGGGACAUCUGCAGAAAUUGAUACUACAAAAGGAAUGCUACCUGCAACUGACCCAGAACAACAUGUAUCCAAGCCCCCGGAAUUUACCACUGGACAGUCUUUAAAUAAUCUAGGCAUAAAACAGAAGCUGUCACCAGGCUAUAUCUCAAUAGGAAGUGUUGCCUGCAUUUCCAUCAUUGCCAUUUCUUUGAUCCUCUUCUUAAAAUACAGGCAUCGUGCAAUUUACAAGCCCAAUUUAAUGCAAUCAGAGCACAGUCUUACAUUUGAUGUUGUUUCUAAGGAAGAUCAUGAAGAAGAGCUGGAGUGCCUUGAUAAUAGGGAUUCCAUUUCCUUAUCUCCCAAUGCUGAUGGUAAAACAGAAGAAGUGACAUAUCUGUAAGAAUGUAUUAAGACUCUGUGUAGUGCACAGUGCACAGCGGGACUUGUGUAAAGAAUCCCUGCCACAACUUUCUUCUUGAUUCUAAACAGUAUUGACACAUGUUUUUAUAUAACAAAAACAUAUAAUAAUAAUAAUACCUGUAUAUAAUGAUAUAUAAAUAAUAUAUAAUAAUAAGUA